GCUUUCUGGUGAAGUUUGUCAGCAAUUCAUCUUUUUUUUUUUUUCGUCGAUGUGGAUUGUUUACCGGAACAGAAGAUCCCACCCGGAUGGUGAUGUAGUCUGAGUUAUUCCUUAUUGAUUAUUUGGAUGCGGUGGAUCUCCUGGAACAUAUCAAAAACCCUUCAACGUGUCUGGGACAGAAAGAUCUCAUUCCUUAAAAACUGGACGUGGGAAAAAAAAAGUCCAGACGAUGCUUAACUGUGCCGGCUGUGAGAAGCCUAUCGUGGACAGGUUCCUGCUCAAAGUUCUGGACAGACCGUGGCACAUCAAAUGCGUCCAGUGCUGCGAAUGCAAAUGUAGUUUAACGGAGAAGUGUUUCUCGCGAGAUGGAAGGCUGUAUUGUAAGAAUGACUUCUUUAGGAGAUUUGGGACCAAAUGUGGAGGCUGCUCGCAGGGGAUUUUACCCAGUGACCUGGUGCGCAGGGCCAAGAGCAAAGUGUUCCACCUGAACUGUUUCACCUGUGUGAUGUGCAACAAACAGCUGUCCACGGGAGAGGAGCUCUACAUCCUGGACGAAUUCAAGUUCGUCUGUAAGGAGGACUAUCAAAACAACAACGGGAAAGACACGAUCCUCCUUUCGGUGACAACGUGCAGCGACCCGAGUCUUUCCCCGGACUCCCAGGACCCGCAGGACGACGGGAAGGACUCUGAGAGCGGUCAUCUGUCCGACAAAGACGCGUCCUGCAACGACAACGACGAGCAGGGCGCCGUGGGGAAGCGCCGCGGGCCCAGGACCACCAUCAAGGCCAAACAGCUGGAGACCCUGAAGGCAGCAUUCGCCGCCACGCCGAAGCCCACCAGACACAUCAGGGAGCAGCUGUCCAGGGAAACGGGGCUCAACAUGAGAGUCAUCCAGGUUUGGUUCCAAAAUCGGAGAUCAAAAGAGAGAAGGAUGAAGCAGCUGAGCGCCCUGAGCGCGCGCAGACACGUGUUUUUCCGGAGCCCGAGGAGGAUGAGAACCCUGGGAGAGAGACUGGAACCAGGGGAACUAGGACACUUUUCUUAUUAUGGAGAUUAUCCCGGUGAAUACUACGGCCCCAGUGGGAAUUACGAGUACUACCAAGGGCCCCCAUCAUCCCAGGCUCAGACCCCAUCAGACCUGGGCUUUGUGCCCUCCACAGUCCCAGCUGGCACCCCGUUAGGAGCCCUGGACCACCACCACCACGCCGGACACCACUGUGUGGGCGAGGUGCAGUGUUUCUCUGACACCAUGUCCCACCAUGCCGGGGACUCGCCCAGCCCGGAGCCCAACGGGCCGGGCUCCAUCCACAGCAUCUCCAGCGAGAUGUGCGGGCCCGGCACGCCUUUCACCACGGUGUCCCUCAGCGACAACGGGUACACCAACCAGCUGUCUCAGCCCUCCUCAGAGAUGAGCGAGGGCGCAGCCUGGUGAUCCGGCAGCACACUGGACAUUCUAUUUUGAAGGCAAAUCAACACUUUAUU